AAGCUGUCUCCCAUAUGAAUGAUUUAACUCGCUAUCCGUAUUACUGUUUACGUUUUCAUUUCAUUAAACUCAGUACGUUGCUUAUGUUUUCUUUUUUUUUGCACAUUUGCUUAUGUUUUAUUGCAUGACACCUUUCACAUUUGUAUCUGAAAAUGCAAGCUAGCUCUGGUAUCAUGUGAAGCUAAUUAAUCCCAAGUAAGUUUCCACUCUUAUGAGUGAUUACAAUGUAGGGCAAGCCUCUAAUCAAGAAUCUAGGUAGACUUAACGUAGACCCUUUGUCUUUGUGCUUCUCUAAGAUUUAGUUAAGGAGAUACUUAAAUUAGUAGUCGCCUGACGUUAAAAGAGAAGUCAAGCUAAGGUCACUUGACUCUUCUCGACUUGUGGACAGGACAUAAAUCAUUGGUGUGCUUAGUGGUUUUUUAUUGCUAUUUGAUUUGGUUUUCACCUAAAUAUAUAGUUUGCAUUUAAGUGACAUUUAAGUUUGAGUAACAAUAAGAGUGGUAACAGUAGAUACAGCAAAGCUAUUAGUAAAACGUGGAGAUGCACAGAGGUCACUGGUCAGGGAGAAGAGGACCCACAAGAAGAAAUAAGAGGAGAUGAAAAAAAAUUGAUUAGAGACUGAAAAAUAUGAAAAACAAAAGAAAAACGAAAGAUAAAAAUUGUAGUAAAAAUGUGUAGGUUUAGGUGGGUCUGAGAAUUAUAACCAUUUAUGUUGAUGCUUCACAAAAUAAUUCACUUCUCUUACUGUAUAGGCUCGCUGGCUUCUGCAUUUUCUUUUACUAUUGUGAUCUGAUUAAUUUGUUAGGACUUGUUUUUAUAUUUGAAGUUAUUUGGAGUUUGCAUUUGGGAUUAUUUUCUUAUUAUUAUGGUGGUGAACUCAUAAAACUCUACUCAACCACUUUUCCACCAUUUCAGUUCAAACCCAUCUACAACAUCGAUUGUUUUUUUCUUCUAUUCACUUUAGAUUAACAAACGACAAACUGUUUUUCCGCUAAUGCCAUUUGAUAUUUAAAUUAGUGAUUGCUUUUCUAAUUACCUACAUAUAUUUAUUUUGAAAUUUAUUGGUUGAAUGCUCUUCUUUCAUGACUGAAUUGAAUUUAGGAGCUAGUUCCCAAAGCAAAUGGCUUAACUAAGGACCCGGACACAAUAUAUAUUGUCGCGUCCGACAUAUUUUGAUUAGGGCCAUGGGAAUUACGGGUUUGUUAGUAAAACUCAUGAUUAGCGUCCUUCACCCACUUAAACACUAGACACCACGUGAAUAAACAUUAUCCCAUUGUGAUGUUACGGUAUGACAUGUGUAACUUUGAAAAUAAACUAAAAUAAAAUCAUCAUUUACAUUUCCAAUACUAACUAAAUAUUCCGGUUUUGAGAAAUAUACGCAAGAGCCAAGAAGUGACAUUUGAAAGUCUGUUAGUUGGUAUAUCAUUUCAAGUCCGUUGACACUUAGAGAUGUCUUAUACGGUAGAUGAUUUGUUUCUUUAUUAGGAUAAAUACAGAAUAUACUCGCAUACUUAUCUUCUUCUCUUAUUGUAUUAGGCUUAGAAGACUUCAGACUUGUAAUGUGUAUGCAUUAGUUGACUCAUAGGCCAAAGCAAUAGAAAUGUAACUGAGUUAUUGUGCGAAACAAGCAUCUCCCCGUAUGUCGAUGUAGUUAAAGCGGUGUAAUCCAUCAGAAAUGGCAAAUGGUAAAAUCAACUUUGAUAGGAUACAGUUUGGUGAUUUCCACUAAUGGUUAGAACGGUUCAAUCUGAAUCACUCCAAAAACUAGGGCAGCAACACACAUACAGACCAGUUUAACUCGAAGCGUUCAAAGCGAUCCAACUAACCAAACGUACUAAAUACUAAAUUAAAUCCCCGACCAUUCAAGGAAUCAAAGUCUAUAUACUUAUAAUAUACACAUGCAAAUAAUAUAUUGUGUUUGUGCCUACCUGUAUGCUGAAGUUAUAAUUGCAUUUUUCGAGUAAAACGUUUUGAAAUAUUAAAUAUGUAAUUUUAGUAGGGUUUGCUAACUGAUCAUAGAUAUAACAAUACCGUUGAUGAUGAUUGUCGACCAUCAUAACGUUGUAUAAUUGUUGUUGUCAAUGUCAACCAUCAUCAUCAUCAUCACCUUUUCUUGCGGCUCCUACUCUUCUAAUAAUAGUUUACAAGACAAAUCACAGCUUAAGAUAAUCGCCUAAUGUGAAUAAUUCAACUAAGACUCUUUCUUAUUUAGUUUUUUUUUUAAUGUUAAUUACUUUGUUCUGCAAACCGACGACGUAAAGUAGCAUCAUAUACAGUGCUGUGCCUACCAUUUGAGGGGCCUAAGUCAAGAAUAACUCUUUACAAAAAUCAAAAUAAAAUAAUUAUAGAAAGGUUAAAAUUUUAGCAAAAUUCAUUUUCUAUAAUUAUUUUCUGAUUUUUGGUGUUUAAAAAUACUAUUAUAAAUAUUUAUUAUCAUAUUUCAUUUUUUUGUUUUAUACUGAACUUUCAGAUUUUAAGUAUAUUUUGUAAAUUUCUCAAUCCUACUGUAACUCAUAUAAAUCAUAUAAUUAUAUUUAUAAAAAUAUGAACUAAAUUUUAAAUUAAUGAAUUAAGAACAAAAUGCAGAAAAUCAUAAAAAUGCAUUCAACAAAAUCGAUAAAUGAAAUCUAAGAUAUUUUUUUUGUAAAGGAACAUAUAUUUAUAUGGAAUAUAUACAUGAACAUAAUCACCUCUAACAAUAUUUCAUAAAAUUUGUAGUUAUGCAUUCCAUAAAAACCUAAGUGAAUGUAUAUUUAGUAAAAAUGAAGCCCUAAAUUUUAAAUGAAAAAUGGGUGUCCAAGGCAGUUGCUUUUUUUCAACAAGGGUGAGCACGGCUCUGAUUAUAUAUGCUUAGUGCCGCUACAAGGUUAGGAAACCCUUUUAAAUUCUUUUGAUAUUGCUCAUACAUGCACUAUAUAUUAAGAAGGAAUCUCUUAAAAGCGACUUCCUAACCAGUUAUUCGUUAUUUACUUAUUCUAAACUAUCCUUUCUCCUAUCAAACAUAUAAUUUUAUCUUAGAUGCAUGAACAAUGCCAAGAAAAAUUAAGUGCUUAAAUUUCAAGAAUCAACCAAUAAUGUACAUACAGUUUAUCAGUUUGAGAAUAAUGUAACGUUCGAGCGUGAUAAACUCCCUAAAGUGUACACAAAGAACUAAUCUUAUGCACGUACUAGAAACCUUAAAAUGUGAUGAAUAAUUCGAUUAACCCGCGCAGUUUGCAACGUAACUUGGACAUAACAGAAGCAGCCGGCCACAGCAGAUCUUUAGGGAUUCGCGUAUAAUCUCAUUUUCCCAGUAAUGCUAUAAAUCUAAUGGAACAUUUCGUCAGCAAGUGUGUUUAAACUAUACUGUGCUAUUAUUAUGAACACAUGAAUAUAAAAUAUUAUGAAAUUAUUUAAGAGGGAGAUUAUGCGGAUCAGAUUCAUAUGUUAUACAUUCAUUCACAGUCUUGGUUAUAGCAUAUUCCAACUCCCAAGCACAUGCAACUGUCUCUCUUUCUGUCUCUCUUUCUGUCUCACUCAAAAUUCAAUAAAAACAAGAAAAUACAUUAAAAAGUCAACCUAUAGUUGUUUAGUUGUUAAGAAAUAAUUUUGUAAGUUGUAUUGUAAAUUUAACUAAUAUAUUUAGAUCUAAAUUAUUUGUAGAUAGAUAAUACACAUAUAUAGUAGAUCUACAAAGAUGAAUUGCUAAAUUUUUAGAGAUGCGAAGAUACAUUAUUUCCAUAUGGCAUAGACCAAUAAAUCUAGCAAUGUUUUAGCAAUAAUUUUUUUUCCCACCAACUAGCCGUUCUUUGAUACUGUCAGUAUAUAACAUUUUCUCUUCUAUUUUCUUUUUUCUUUUUUUUUUGCUCAGGAAAAGUAUUGGAUUUAUUUAUCAAAAUUUUCUGUUUAAUGUAAGAACAUACUACAUGCUAUGGAAAUACUAGUUUCUUUGAAGAUUUACUACUUUGGUCUAUAGAGAAAAUGAGCCAGACCAAUUUCGAUAGGGUAACUAUUACUUCAAUUUGAAAGCCUCAGUUACAAAAAAAAAACUAUUACUUCAAUAAUGAUUUCUAUUAUAUAAUGAAACAGGAGUUAUAUUCAUAUUUAAUUCCAUAAUCACCUUAAUACAUGUGUAUAUGCAGCUGCAUAACAUGUUUAGUGUCACCGUCUGUUGUAUUAAAAAUGAAAAAGAUAGUGCAGCCUGAGCGCUUAAGGAACUGUAUCUUGAAGAUCAAUCAUGUGUCAGAGCCACCCCCAAAGAAGAAUAAAAAGUCUAAAAACAAAGAGAAAAAAAAUAGAAUAAUAUCACUUGGUUUGACCUUAAUAUUCACAAAAAAAAUCUUCACUUAUAAAUACUCAGCUCAUAAUCCAGAUUUUUGCAAAACUUGAUUAUUAACAAUUGGUUAAUUAAGUAACCAACGAAAACAAAAUGGCUCUAGAACCAAACUUCCUUCUCUCAUGGAUCUUCCUAUGCAUAGCUGCAACAAUCUCCAGCACACUUUUCUUCUUCCGCAAGAAACAGCACAAGUUCAGAUCAAAGAAGCUGCAGCAGCCCAAGAAGAAGCUUCCCCCCGGAGAAAUGGGGCUUCCAUGGAUAGGUGAAACAAUGGAGUUCUACAAAGCUCAGAAAAACAACAGAGUGUUUGAAGAUUUCGUGAAUCCAAGAAUCAUCAAACAUGGCAACCUCUUCAAGACAAAAAUCAUGGGAUCACCAACAAUAGUAGUCAAUGGAGCUGAAGCCAACAGGCUAAUACUAUCUAACGAGUUUAGCUUAGUGGUGAGCUCAUGGCCUUCUUCUUCUGUUCAGCUAAUGGGUAUGAACUGCAUCAUGGCUAAGCAAGGCGAGAAGCAUAGAGUCCUUAGAGGGAUUGUAGCUAAUAGCCUUAGCUACAAUGGGUUAGAGUCCUUAUUACCUAACCUAUGUGACACUGUCCGGUCUCAUCUUGACACCCAAUGGCGAGGCAAGGAAGAGAUUAGUCUCUACCGCUCAACAAAGGCUCUAACCUUUACUGUGGUCUUUGAGUGUUUGUAUGGGAUCAAAGUAGAGCUUGGGAUGUUAGAGAUAUUUGAGAGGGUUCUAGAAGGAGUUUUCGCUUUGCCUGUUGAGUUUCCUUGUUCUAGGUUUGCUAGAGCGAAGAAAGCUAGGGUAGAGAUUGAGACAUUGCUAGUUGAGAAGGUUAGAGAGAAGAGAAGAGAAAUGGAACAAGAAGAAGGUGGUGAGAGACCAAACACAACACUCUUCUCAAGGCUAGUACAAGGGCUGAUCAAAGGCGAGAUAACAGAAGAAGAGGUUGUAGAUAACAUGGUUUUGCUAGUGUUUGCAGCUCAUGACACAACCUCUUACGCCAUGGCUAUGACUUUCAAGAUGUUGGCUCAGCAUCCAACUUGCCUUCACACUCUCCUUAAAGAACAUGUUCAAAUAAAAGCAAACAAAGGGGAAGGAGAGUACCUUACGGUUGAAGAUGUGAAGAAGAUGAAGUAUAGCUGGCAAGUUGUUCGUGAAACAAUGCGCUUAUCUCCUCCAAUCUUUGGUUCUUUCAGAAAAGCAGUUGUUGAUAUCAACUAUGGAGGAUUCACAAUCCCAAAAGGCUGGAAGGUACUUUGGACAACUUAUGGAACUCAUUACAAUCCUGAGAUUUUUGAAGAUCCAAUGAGUUUUAAUCCUUCAAGGUUUGAUAAGGCGGUACAAGCAUAUACAUAUCUUCCAUUUGGAGGAGGGCCAAGGCUUUGUGCAGGUCACCAGCUAGCAAAAGUCAGCAUCCUCGUUUUCUUGCAUUUUGUUGUGACAAGUUAUGAUUGGUCCUUGGUCUAUCCUGAUGAGACAAUCAGCAUGGAUCCUCUUCCGUUACCAUCACUAGGAAUGCCAAUAAAAAUCUCUCCCAAGGUGUCAUUAUGAUAUAAUGAAUAGAAAAGAAAAUGAAUGAGACUACAUGCUUUUCAUAACAUUUC